AGCUAUAUUUUAUGUGGUUUAAUUGAUGACUGUAACAUCUAAAUUAAAGGGCCAAAGGACAAUUUGUAAAAAAAUGACGUUAAAUUGAAUGGCAGCCAUAUUAGCAGGCGUUGUGUGUGCGAGGUGAUGCGCGGAGAGGACCACGCCCACCAUGAGCUCAUUCCUCACCAACGGUGGGUACCAACCGCAGCCGGACCCCAAAUUCCCGCCCUCCGAGGAAUACAGUCAGGCAGACUACAUACCACCAGGAGAGUACUACCAACACCAACAUUUGCAGUAUGGAUAUCAGCACCAAUAUGCUCCAGUUCAGAUUGGGACAGGUUAUGGGUAUGGAGGGUAUUAUCAUCCGUUGCCGCAGCACCCACCUGUCGCUCCGCCACCGAGGCCUCCUGAGCCUUCUCACCCUUCUGACGCGGAUCACGGGUACCCUGCCCACAAUCCUGAUACAGCCCCUGGCUUAGCAGAACUUGGUUUAAGGCUAGAGAGGCAUAUUGAAGAAGCAGCCCCAGCAGGAAGAAAGUUACAUGCGUUAGGCCGAGAAGGGUCUCCCGGAUCUGAACUUGAUGAUGAGAGGCUACUGCUGGACUCUCCGCCAGUUGAAGACGAUGAUUCCUCUAUUUGUUCAGACAACACUGACAGGGUAAUUUAUCCAUGGAUGAAGAAGAUUCAUGUCGCUGGUGCCUCAAACGGCCAAUUUCAACCUGGAAUGGAACCGAAGCGCCAACGCACAGCCUACACGAGACACCAAAUACUAGAACUUGAGAAAGAAUUCCAUUACAACAGAUAUCUAACACGGAGAAGAAGAAUAGAGAUCGCCCACACUCUAGUCUUAUCCGAAAGGCAAAUCAAAAUCUGGUUCCAGAAUAGGCGAAUGAAGUGGAAGAAAGACAAUAAGUUGCCCAACACCAAAAACGUAAGAAGAAAAACCAAUCCGGCAGGCGUCACCACAACCACGACUAAAGGUACACCAAAGAGUAGAUCGAAUAAGAAUACAAAUAACAAUGAUAAGAAGAAAUCAAACAACAAUGGUAGACCGGACAGUAUAGAGAAUGUUACUGAUAACAUAAUGAAUGAUUUACAUUGUGUUGGAGCGCAACAGAAUUUGUCACACGACCCAGCGAUCAGUCCGAUGUCUCAUCCAGGGAGCCAGAUGAAUCCAGGGCAUCCCAUGACCCCGCAUCAUCUUCAUAUGAUGAGCAUGCACGGAGGAAUGGAUCCUGCACUACUGGCAAACCUCGCAGCUCACGGCUCGCCCGUCGGCUCAGCAGGCUGCGGCACCGGCAUCCCAACCAACCAACCAGUCAUCAAAUCAGACUACGGUCUAACCGCCUUAUAA